UCCUCUCUCGCCGCUCAGCUCAGUCUCUCCGUGAGCUGUCACCAGAUUCCCACACAAACGAGGACCUGCGAGGAAGAACCAGCGAGCGUCGUUUCCCGCGAAGCCCUGUGUGAUUCCUCCGCCUUCUGAGAGCUCGUCGUGACGGAGCCGGACGCGGCUGCUGCGGAGCAGAGGGAGCCCUGGAGAAUCCAGGUGAAAGAUCUUCCCUGUGAUACAGUUGGGAGAAGAUCACUUGAAUUUGGUGGCGUCUCCUUGUCAGAGAGAAAGACUCUCUCUGUCACAUGGGUGCCAGCGGGAGACAGGGGGCUUGAGAGAAUAUGCUGGAGUGACAGUGGAGGCAGACACUGCGAGAGAGGCCAUCUGUGCUGAGUCCUGUCCUUCUCUGCAGCUGUGUCGGAGUCAGCAAGUACUUUUCAGCUGCUGUGGGACUUAAAAAAAAAACCUGAGAGUUGGAUACAAGGGUUCUUCCGACUUCUGAUUGCUCAGGGGAUGAAUCCAGACUGGAGAAAUGUUGAGGCCUCACCGACUUUGGAUUAGGCCCCUGGGGCUGCAUCUGUGGCGGGAAUGGUGAUACUUCAGCUGGAUCUUCCGCUGUCGCCAUUUUCCAUGGCUGUCAUUAGUGGAUAAUGAGCUGCUGCCAGGGAGGAAAUAGUGAAGGUGCCCUCACAGCUGCUAUUAACAAGCUCUCAGAUCCAAGAGAAGGAAUGAUUUGCCCCCCAAGCACAUUGGAUGUUUAAAGCCUUUUCUCCUGGUGUUGCGGAUUAACAGCCUUGAAACAUCUCUUCAAACACCGCCGUGUUUUUUAUUACUACGUUGGAUGUCCUUACUUUUCGUGGACAUAUUGCUCUGCAGAAAAACUACUUUUUAGAACACACCUGUGUUGGUCUAUGUCUUUGGUCGUCCUAUGACCUGACAGACGUGUUUAAGAUACCAUUCACAAUGGCAGCAGCGUAUCGCGUGGUGGUGAGCAGUGUGAGCUGCUACAACAGUGUGGUAGUGGACCGGCGUUCUCACUCUCAUGCUGUGCACUACUGCGCAGGGCCAUGUGGGGCACAGUACCAGGGACUGGACUGUGCUGUUGCCCACCAUGGGACCUGCUCUGAGCUUCUCGUUGCCCCUGAACCAAACUACUCUGACUCAUUCAGCUCAGCUGUGAACUCACGGAUCACUCAGCAGCUUCCCACCCAUGGUAAACUUACCAUGGACUCAAGUUACAGCGCUAGCGUGGCUCUAGAGAGGGCAGGCAGCGCCGGUAACUUGGCUUUAGGUGAUGACAGCCCUAUUUGGAAAGGUAAAAAGAUUCAUGGUGGCGGUGGAUCAACUGGAAACCUAAGUUCUGCUGGCAGUUUGAAGGACAUCACAGAGGAAGCCAUCAACCUGGCCAGUGGUAAGCUCAAAGAGUUCUCCUUUGAUAAGCUCCGUCUUUCAUCCAGCCAUGUCACCUUGCGGAAAGGCCGCAAAGUCCGUCCUGACUCCUUUAACCGCCGCUCCGCUGACCUGGAGCUCAUCUACGGCCACUUCAGCUCCAACGUCACCACCAACGGAAGCACAAACGGGAUGACGAAUGGCACAGCCAAUUCUAAUGAUGAGAACCAGCCACCGUUUAUUCUCGGGAAAGGCUUGGACGAGACGAAGCUCAAAGAUUCAGGCACUCUCUCUACAAUCACCAAACUCAGUGGGGGGUCUUCAAACAGUUUAUCCAGCAUAUGCAGUGGGACCCUUGAGCAAAGCUUGAACACAGUAGCCUCAUUGUACCGCAACACCCUUGGAGAGGAGAACGUCAUAGCCCGUCUUCUAGAAAAGACAUGGGGGGAGGCGGGUACCGGGGGAGCCGGCGGGGAGGACAUCCGUGCGUGUUUGGACAUCCUGCUCAAAUGUUCUGAAGACCUGAAGAAAUGCACCGACAUCAUCAAGCAGUGCAUCCGACGUAAAGCUGGCGGAGGGCCGGAGGACGGCACGGCUAGUCCGGACAGCGUGUACCGGGCCAUGAUGAGUCGGCUCAGCUCGUAUCUGAAGAGGCUCCCUCUGGAGUUGGAAGGAAUUGGGAACUUGGGAUCUCAGAAUGCUCUGGGAAGUGGCCACAGUGAUCUGGCUGAACUGGUGAAUACCCUCCAUUCGAUACAGCAGGGACCGUACUCGCCCAUAUUUGGAAAUGAGCAACCUCCUCGUUAUGAGGACGUUGUUCAAUCCCCUCCCAUCCCAAAGAGUCAUUCUGCGUCCCCCACUCCAUCCUCCGUAUGCCCCUCCUCCCCAUCGCCCAGUAAGUUUGACCAUAUCCACACUGCACCUGUCCAGAGCUCCUUUUCCAGAGCAGGUACCCUCAGCAAUGGACUGCAGCAUUCACAGUCUCUUUCGUUCACGCAGCACACGCUCUCUCCGCCGUCUGUCACCUCGUCAUCCAACUCCUCUCCCGCACACUCUCCAUCCCUUCUUCGCAGAUCCCCAACCCCACCCUACACCCACACCCCUCCUCCUUCCCCCAUGGAGGCGCUCUAUAUCGAAGAAGAUGACAGCGACUUCAGCAAGACGCCAGACCUGCUCUCUCAGCCUAUGCAUAUGCCAAUCAGAGGCGAGAUUACAACCAACAGCCAAAAUGGAACUGUCAGUCAAAAGUCUCAGGCAACCUAUAAUUCCUCCAGUAGUUUGCCAGUGAUAGGCCCCAGCUCCACCAGGAGUUCUUCCGUGACACAAGUGAGCACGCAGAAAUCUGUUUCUCAUCGGAAUGAGGAUAUCGACAAGCUACUGAUGGAUUUGGAGAAUUUGUCUCAGAGUAUGAGCCACCCCAGAACCUCUGAGCCUCCCCUUCCAGCGAAGAUGCGGAAACGAGACGGAGACGGACGGAUGUUGAGUGAGUCCGUCACUCAACCCAAAAUGCUCCACUUCCCGGGCCAGCAAACACCCAACCACCUCUCUAUGAAUGGCAGAAGCUCCAGGACUCCUCAAGGUCUUAUGUCAACGAAGUUGGACUGCGGCGACACCCCUGUGGGCGAGGAGGAGGAUGGUGCUCUGCUGAUGAGAAUCCUGGAAAGCAUUGAGAGCUUUGCACAAGAGCUGGUGGACUCCGGGCCGGGAAGCACGGGCAGCGCUGAGAGGAAAUGUGGAAAAGAACGAGAGGUCAUGAGGCUUCUCCAAGAUAACCUUGCUGGCACUGGCAGAGGCGACACCCCUGUAGACAUGUCAGCCAUACCAGAAACUCCCUGUGCAGACACAGUUCCAGCUCUGCCACCAAAGAACUCCUUUGCUCAAAUCUCUGAAACCUCGUUGGUCCAGACACACACCCCAGUUGAGAACGAACCUGAACUUCCACCCAGUUAUUUUACCAGAUUGCUGGCUGUGUCUUCAUCUGAACCCUUGACUGAUGUGGCAGAUAAUCCUCUGGAUGUGUCUACAAAUAGUACGGAACCUGAAGUUCCUUCUGUGAAAUCACCCUCUUCAAAUGAGCAUUCAAAUUUCAGUCCAAAAUUAAAUGAGCUGCCAGAGCCGGAGCGCCAAGCUCUGACUGAUGGUGGCAGGGAUGCUGCUGUGGCAGACGACGACCCUGCACCAGCGACCGAUUCAUCUUCCACUCUCCUCAUCCAGCAGACUCCAGAGGUGAUCCGAGUCCAGUCAAAACCAGAGAAGAAACCAGCCACGCCUCCUCCAGCGCCCCCUACGCUGACAGCAGUCUCCCCCACUCCUCCACCUCACUCCCCCAGCCCUCCACCCGCCCCAGUGGUGGUCACACCUCCACCUCCUGCCAUCAACAUUCCCAGGUUCUACUACCCGCGCGGGCUGCCGGCCCUGGGCCCGACAGCCUCCAAUGAUGCGGCCAUCUCCAGCAUCGAAGCCGUUUUCACUGAGUUUGAGGAGGAGAAGGCUGAUAUCUACGAGAUGGGAAAGAUCGCGAAGGCGUGUGGAUGCCCACUUUACUGGAAGGCCCCCAUGUUUUACGCUGCAGGGGGCGACAGGACGGGCUUUGUCUCAGUUCACUCCUUCAUCGCGACCUGGAGAAAGUUGCUGCACAGUUGCCACGACGACGCCUCUAAAUUUAUCUACAUGCUCGCCAAACCUGGCUGCAACUACCUGGAACAAGAAGACUUCAUCCCUCUAAUGCAGGACAUUGUGGAUACACACCCGGGGCUCACCUUUCUCAAGGACGCUCCUGAAUUUCAUUCCCGUUACAUCACAACGGUGAUCCAGCGGAUUUACUACAUCGUGAACCGCUCGUGGACCGGACGCAUGACCAUGAUGGAGCUGCGCCGCAGCAACUUCCUCCAGACGCUGGCUCUGCUGGAGGAGGAGGACGACAUCAACCAGAUCACCGAUUACUUCUCUUAUGAACACUUCUACGUCAUAUACUGCAAGUUUUGGGAGCUGGACACCGACCACGAUCUCUACAUCGACCACAAGGACCUGGCCCGAUACAACGAUCAUGCAUCCUCGAACCGGAUCAUUGAAAGAUUGUUUUCUGGUGCGGUUACCCGUGGGAACGCUGUCCAGCGGGAAGGCAGGAUGAGCUACGCCGAGUUUGUUUGGUUCCUGAUCUCCGAGGAGGACAAGAAGAAUCUCACCAGCAUCGAAUACUGGUUCCGCUGCAUGGACGUGGACGGCGACGGCGUUCUGUCCAUGUACGAGCUGGAGUACUUCUACGAGGAACAGUGCGAGAGAAUGGAGCGAAUGGGCAUCGAACCGCUGCCCUUCCAGGACUUGCUCUGUCAAAUGCUGGACCUGGUCAAACCCGAGUGUUCAGGGAAGAUCACUCUGAGCGAUUUGAAGCGCUGUCGGAUGGCCCACAUCUUCUUUGACACCUUCUUCAAUCUGGAGAAAUACCUGGACCACGAGCAGAGAGAUCCGUUUGCAGUGCAGAAGGACGUAGACAGCGAGGGUCCAGAGCCGUCCGACUGGGAUAAAUAUGCCGCAGAGGAAUAUGAGAUUCUGGUGGCAGAGGAGACUGCCAACGAACAGCUGCACGAAGGCUCCUUUGAUGACGACUACGAGUCUGAGGAGCUCCCAGUGUCGGGGGACGUCGGGAAUAAGAUGGAUAAACUCGUCAUUUCGGACCUGACAGCUUAAUCUACUGAGGAUUUGAUGUGGAGAAGGGACAGCUGACGACGACGGGGAGGGAUCACGGCUCUUAUUUAUCAGUGUGUGUGUGUGAGACUGAAGCAGAAGUGUCUGUGUCGAAUGCAAUAAUGCGUCUGAAAACUUGGAGAAGUGCGAGAAGACAAUCAGCAGGAGACACUGUCAGUGUUUCUUACAGCGACUACUGAACCGUGUUGGAAAGCUGCUCACACAGCUUGUGUUCCUUGUAGAGGAAGUUGUUAAAACUCUCGGCCCAUCAAGGAAGGAUCAUGUAACAGCUCUGGAGGUCAAAAGAGCUCCACACGGUGGCCACUCUGUGCUGCUGCGUGCGGUCACCCACGCAGGGUUGCUAUGGGUUGGUUGAACUUUUAAUGAGUUCAGCCCAGCGCUCGGCCGGCUCUAUUCUUAGAGCAGCACCGCUGGAGUCACUGCGAAGCCCGGAAAAGCUCUACGUGGACCGUCAUAUUUCAGCCAUUUAGAGAGACCAGGAGGUCGCUCUCAUGCAAACAAAUCCAACUCUCUGGCAGAGUUGCUCACGUGUUUGAGAAGGAAGAUGCAAUAGAUCUCCAUUUACUGCUUUCAUUAUUCAUAAAUAUUUUAUUGUGGGUUUGAAAGUCUCAUUUCGCGGUCGUCCAUGCGCCCACCACUUUAGUGUUUUGAGAACUGCAGUCGAGUGUAUUCCAGUCCUGAUGUUUAAAACAUUGGCGCUGUACUUUGUGAUGCAAAAAAAUGAUAAGUUAAUCCUAAAUGUGACAAACUGAAGGUCUGCCUCACAAGCCUUAUGAGUCUUGGAAACGGCUUUCUUUAACCACCCUGAAACAGACUUUCAUGUCGACAGAAAGACAGGAUUUCCAAAGAAAUGUCAUGAAAAAAAGGUGGAUUUUAAAAAGAAAAAAAGUCACUGGCUCAUACAUGACUUAUUCUAUUUCUGCAAGAAAAAGUAUGGAGCGCCUUAAGGGACAUGGAGGAAGAAGACAAAGUUAAGGCAGUGUUUUUUGUUUUUUUUUAACGGUAAGAAAAAUCUACUUUUUAAAGGGGAAAAUGUAAGGGGGAAAAAAAAUGUUUUACUCUCCCUUGAAUUGUUUUCUUCUAUGUCCCUUAUGGAGCAACAUUCUUUGUCUUCCUCCAUGUCCCUCAUGGGGCUUCAUAAAAAAGCAACUGUUAUAUGAGGCCAUUGAAAAAGUUAUUUAUUUAAAAGCUGCUUUUUAUUGGGUGUUUAUGUCAUUGAUAGACUGAUACAAUGCCCCAGUUUGUAUGACUUCAUGUGCCUGUGUGUGUGUUUUGCGUCCUCCUUCCUGAUGACUGUCAGACGGGUGAGUGAGUUUUUGGGGCGUGUGAUGUGGACUCGUGUUUGAUCAAGUCAAAGUCGCAGCGCCGGAACCAUGAGUGUUCUGAAGGUUUGUGUCCUGUAACUGUCCCUGACUGUGUUGUGGUGCUGCGUCAUUGUAAACUUUUUGUUUUCACUGCGCCACUGUGUGGCUCCGGGUCCGGGGGGUAACUUAAUGUUUGCUUGUGUGUUUGAAACUCAUCGCUUCUGUUGAGGAAAGAAGAAGACAAUCAAGAGGAUCUGGGGUGUUGUCCUCGCACACUGAACUAUGCAAUGUGUCUCACACAUGCAGCGUCAGCGGAGGAGCCAAGCCAUGCAGGACUGUCAUUUCUCUGUUGAUUUGUAAAGUGGAAAAUACUCUUAUUGUGUUGCGCUUCCUUUGUGCGAGGGGGUGGUGUAGAUGUGUUCUGUUUGAGCAUGAUUUUACUUCUCUUCUUUGUUUUAUCUUCCAACAUUCUUUCCUCCCUUCAACGGUUCUUUCUUUAUUUAUUGCUUCUACUUUUUUAUCUCUCACUUCUUCUUUUCUUUCCUCUUUCUUUCUUACGUUUUCUCAUCGGACAAGUGCUGCUUUCGUCUGAAUUUUC